CUCUUUUAUCCUUUACUUUUUUUUUCGAUGUCAGACAAACAAAUAUCAACAGAAACAUUUCGUACCUUGACUAGCAAAACACAGCAGCAACAACAGCCAUCUUAUUUCACAAGAGGGGGAUCUUCUGACAGUACGACAUCGUCUAUGCCUGUUACGCCACAAAUAUUUCAUUCAAUUGUGCCCAAAACAGCAAGUGGGUAUGAAUCAGACUCUUCAGAAGAAGGAAGAAAACCAAUUACACAUCCACUUCUUGGGUUACGUGUCAUCAAUCCAGACGAGCAGAAUAGUAAUAUACAAACGGACAGCGGGAAGAUCCAAGAACACGUUGCCUCAGUUUCAGUUCUUGAUGAUACACCAAGUGAAACAGAAUGGAAGGUUUAUCAACAAGGUUCAACUAUAGCAGGCAAUUCAUUGAUUAAUUCAGUAAACCCAAGUGAGUCUCAAUUAGCACGUCGUGAAUCAAAGACUGCAUCUGAACCAAACGAGCUGCCCAAUGAAUUCGCUUCGCCUACUUCGCCCAACUUUGCCAACACUCAAAAGCCACCUUUCGUAAACCUUACUUCAACAAAUUCAAAAUAUAACAAAGUAUCUUACCAUUUAACCAACGAACCUAAUGCAAUUAAAAAAUACCGCGAUAUGGCAGAAAAGACUAAAGAUACGAAAACACAGCUUAUGUUUGCUAAAUAUUUAUUAGAAAGCGCCAAUACAUUUCAUCACCAACAGGGUGUUGUGGGUAGUAUGUGGGGGUUAGGUAGUACAACUAAAAAAUCAACAAGGCCUGAGCCAUUUUUGAUUGUGCCACAACCUGCCUCGUCUGCUUACUCUUCUACUUCCUCAAAUACAAAACGAUCUGAACAACAAAGUUUAUUUAAUAUCACAAUGAAACAGCAGGCCAGUCUUACAACAAGUACAACAUCAAAUGAAUCAUCGGAUCAAAAAAGAAGAAUGCUAGAACAGGAAGGUGUCAAAUGGAUUGUCAGAUUAUCGAAACAAAAUAUCCCCGAAGCUUGCUACAUGCAAGCUUCUUGGAUGGAAAAGGAAUCAUAUGGAUUCAAGAAAAACAAGUCAAAAUCAAUUGCAUUGCAUAAAAUUGCAGCUGAUUCAAACAUACCCGAAUCCAUUUUCGCCGUAGCUAGUCAUUUUGAACAAGAAAAAGGAUUAGAAGAUUCAAAAAUAGUAAAAUUAUAUCAAACAGCUUCUGACUUUGGAUACGUCAAUGCUAUCUACAAAUUGGCUUUCUUGACAAUCCAUGGCAGUUUAGGUUUACGCCAAAGCUUGACAGAAGGGUUGAAACUCAUGCAUAAAGCUUGCACCUUAUCAUCCGAAGAAUUUAAUGUACCACCUUACACGUUUGCCCUCAUUUUAACUAACGAAUAUGAACAAGUAGAUUUCCCUUUACCAUUAUUGGAGCCAUUUGGUGGCCAGGAUGCAGCAAUUCUAUAUUAUGAACGUGCAGCUAGGUUAAAUAAUGAUCAAGCACAGGCUAAGCUUGGAUCCAUUUAUGAACACGGUUUAUAUGGCGAAUCAAUGAAUUUCGCCAGAGCAUUUGAUUACUACGAGCAAGCAGCAUUAAACGGGAACUCAAAAGCAAUGCUGGGGCUAUGUCGACUCAAUAACCGAGGAAGCCAUGGUCCCGGAGAUCUGUUAGAAGCCAACAGAUUGGAAAACGAUGUUAGCGGUUGGUUAAUAGCUACACCAGUGAAUGAGGAUUUGGCUUUCUCUUGGUGUGAGAAAGCAGCUAAAGCAGGUAACACUGACGCUUUGUCUUUACUUGGUUGGUUUUAUGAGAUCGGAUUUGGUGUGCCGAGGGAUUUUGCUAGAGCUGAAACAUAUUAUCAAAUGGCUGCUGACAAAGGUGACUAUGGUGCUAAAACUAGAUUAAUGGAUACAAACAAGUCAAUUACAAAACAGCAACACGAGGGUAUUACCAAAUCUUCUUCUGUCAAAAAAGUCAAAAAAGUCAACGAGAAACAUAACAGUUGUAAAUGUAUGUAAAAACAAAACAAAAAAUUAAGGUUGACCAGUCAUUGUGACACACCUUUGCUCAUCCCUCAAUGCUGGGGGUCAAAAAUAAAUAAAAAAUAAAUAUUUUAUUUUUUUACACUUCA